AUAACCAUAGGGACGCCCCUGGAUGUAGUAAGCAACUUGCAAGUACAAUGACGAAUCUGUUGGCUUUGUGUCUUGUCUUCAGCACUUUAUUUGCGGCGGAAGUAUGGUCUCCGAGCCCAGCCGUGACCACUCAACAGACUGUGGUGUCGGAGGACGACGUCAUCGUCAAAGAUGGCCACCGCGUUGUGGUGGUUGAGUACGACCGCGACGGGAAAACCAAUACGAGAGUCUCCAUCUCGCCGCCGUCGGCAGAUGAGGGAGAACAAAAACAAGAAGUAGAGAAGGAAACUACGUUGUUUAGACACGCUAAAGAGAAAGCGAAAGAAACGGCGUCGUAUUUUCCAAACGUUGGUCAAGGCAUCUCGCAGCCGGUUGUGACGGAGGAGGCGCGUGAUCACCACGCGACGGCUGGGGAAGUCAUAUGCGACGCGUUCGGUAAGUGCAGGCAGAAGAUCGCGAGUGUUGUUGGCCGGGCUAAAGACCGAGCAUCUGAUAGGGUAGAUGAUGUCGGAGAGAAGAUCUCUGAUGCCGGAGAUGCUGCGGCGGGUAAAGCUUACGACGUGAAGGAGACGGUUGCACGUGGGGCACGUGACAUAGAGGAAACGGUUACUGAUAAAGCCGGCUAUGCUAAGGAGAAGGUAGGAGAGACGGCACAUGAUGUGAAGGAGGGUAUGGCCCAUAAAGCUCAUGAUGUUAGAGAUAAAGUUACCAAAAAGGCUCACAACGUGAAGGAGACCAUGGCCCAUAAAGCCCAUGAGUCGAAGGAGAGGGUGAAAGAUGAAGUGAGAGACAAGGCUCACGAACUCAAGGAGAAGGCGGCUCACAAGUCCCAUAACGCGUGGGAGAGAGUUAAGUUGGCGGCGCGUGGAUUGGGGUCAGCAACGGCGAAGGCGCUGAGUCCUACUAAGGUAGCAAGCGUGGUGGGGCUGACUGCAAUUGCGGCUGCGUUUGGGACUAGCGUGUGGGUGACGUUUGUGUCGAGCUACGUGUUGGCUUCAGUGUUGGGGAGGCAGCAGUUCGGGGUUGUUCAGAGCAAGCUGUAUCCUGUCUACUUCAAGGCAACAUCUGUUGGAAUCUUGGUGGGUUUGCUUGGUCACGUGCUUAGCAGGCGUCGGAAGCUGCUCACUGACGCUACGGAGAUGUGGCAAGGCGUGAACCUUUUGUCCGCCUUCUUUAUGAUUGAGGCCAAUAAGUCAUUUGUGGAGCCACGUGCCACCAAGGCGAUGUUUGAGAGGAUGAAGGCGGAAAAAGAAGAAGGAAGAGGAGGAGGAGGAGGAGAGAGAACGAGUGAGCAAGAAGUAAGGAGGAAACUGGAGAAGCUUAGCGAGAGGCUGAGCAAGCUCAACACAUACUCCUCUUGGUUAAACAUAAUGAUGCUCAUGUCUCUAACCUGGCACUUUGUUUAUCUCGGCCAGAGACUAGGCGCUGCUUGUUGAUGCAUAUGGCUUUGAUAAUUUGUUUCAAGUGUGUGCAUCUCCUGGUCCUAAACCUAACUUCUUUUGUCGUUGUGGUUGUUGUUUUCUGACGUACUUCUUACGGUGUCGUAGUUUAAUGUUGUGUUGUUUAAUGUCAUAUGUAGAUAUGUCUUGUUAUUAGGUCAUGCCUUCACUUUUGAAUUAGACGGUUGUUUUUUUUGCCUGUACAUAUACAAAAUUUUAUGGUAACGUAGGCUAAACCUUUUUUUUUUUUUUUGUCAACCAGAUUUCAUUAAAAGCCCAAAGGCACAAGUGUACAAGGAAGAUAAAUAAAUAAAAUAAGGCCCACAUAUAUUGCAAAUACAACUAAGCCCAGUAAGAUGAUGAUCUAAGAUAAUGAAUCCGAUCAUCUCACGCAUCCCUUAUCCUUGUGUCUGCCCAACACGUGUUGAAACACGUGUUUCUCUUGCAAAGCGGAAGCUUCAGCCACCGUCAUCUGCCACCGAAAGGAUGCUCCGCCGAGAUCACCUCUGAAACAAUUCUCUGGUUCUAUCAAAUUUGGACCCUCUUUCCCGACCAAAUUGUGCUCCUUGGAAACGCCUUCCAUCUCCACCGUGGUUAUUUGAUCAGAAGAACUUUGUUUCACCGGAGUUGUAAACAAAGGAAGCUUGAGCCGAGUAGAAGACAGAUCAUAUGUCGGACCGUUUUGGAAAAAACGCCAACUUUUCUUAAUCCACUUCAUAAACGACUUAUCAAAUCCGCUUCAUAACUCUCAUCAGAGAUGCUUUCCUUAACACCAAAUCUGGGUAACUAUUAACAGAGGAAGUCUGAUUCCCCUAGAGAGAGGUUGAGUUGAGCGAUGAAACGAAAGUAUCUGCUCAAUCACCUACGGGAUUAGAGUGAAAAUCGGAUGAAAAGCAGAUUAUUUCAAUCUCAAUCAAAGAUAAAAGAUGGUGAAUGAAGAGAAGCUUCGACGAGACUGAAGUACAAAAUAAAAAUGGCCAAAGCUAAAGGAUAACUCGGCAAUCCGAAAAGACAGUUGAUCAAAGAUCGAACAUAUACUACACCAAAAAGAGAAUCAUCACUUUCCUCU